CAAGACUCUGGCACGUUUUUUUUCUUCUCGCCGUUCUUUGUUGCCCUCGCAUUCAGUGUCCAGUUACUGUAUUGUCCAUUGUGCGCUGUUGCAUUCCAUAUAUAUUGAAUAUGGCCAUUGCUGACCAAUUCGCUAUCCCGAUCACUAUUUUACGCCAUUUUGACUUGUCUUCAAGUCCUUGGAGCUCAGAAGUGGAAGGAUACACCAAAAGGCGAGAACGGUCACCCAACGGCAAACUAUUCUUUGAUAGACUCUUGGAAAUUGCAGGAAUCGACGGUCCCUCCCUCUACCCUCCGAAAUCACCGGCCGAUGUCCGAAGGCUCCUUCAUUCAAUUCAAUCUACUGAACUUGACAGGCUCAAGAAAGACUGUUACUUUUACUACCUCUUACUGGACUAUGACGGUCAACCUGAAGCACGAAAGCCCAAUGGGCAUGUCGAAGGAAUGGAUGUCGAUGAUGAAGAUGCUGUUUUGAUCGUGAAGUCUGUAGAGGCGACAAAAGUGGCAGACAAAUUUGCCAGGAAAAGAUGUAUGCCGAGACAUUGGAGGAUCUUCAUCGACGGUUACUGGGCGUUAGAUCACGGAUUGUGGAAGAUUGCAGUCGACAACUUAUCAGACCCAUCUAUCUCAGAAGUCAAUUUUAUGUCCGAGAUCGUCCAAACCCUCUCUACAUCUGUAUCACCGCCGCAGCUUGCUUGCUCACUCCUUCAUUCGUUCCUCCUCUCCACUCAGCCAAAUUUUCCGAAUCCUUCACUCGAGAGCGAUGUGAGAUUGAUCGCUACUGCCUCCGCCACUAGCAUUUUUGCAGCCCUUGGCUGUACUCGUCAGGAAUCAUCCCCUGAGCAAAGAAAAAGGAUGCGGGAAGUCGUUUGGUCUUGGAUGUUGGGUGCUCCGCGCACACCAUGCGGGGCUGGAAAUCAUGUCGUUCAAUCCAAGGCCCUCAAAGAGCUCAUCCAUGCUCCUUUGCUUCCAGAGGAGGAAACCCAUUUAACCGAAUUUCUUUCUCAUCCUCCACGCUCUGUUCCAUCCUCUGCUCUUUCUCGGCUCCACGACCUAGUGACAAUUCGUUUAAUCCAUCAAGGACAUUAUAACCAAGUAAUUCAGCUUGACAAAAAGCUUGCAGGUAACGGUGCAGGCACUCAAGGAGAUAGGCAAAAGCGACGGGAAAUGGUUAGGGAAUUCAUUUCCAUUCUGCCAGAGGCACACAGGCGGGUGUUGUUGACCGAUGUGGAAGGAAGCUUACGAAGAGCGGAGAAAGAGAUCAAUGGGUUUUCAGAGGAUAUGGAUAUGAUUGGCUCGUGGCUGCAGGUUGAUGGGGUGGACGAAUCCACUCCUACUCCUACAUUCGCUUUGGUUUCGCCAUCAGUGCCAGUGACUGUACCAGCAUCCGUUCCCGUACCUGUCACCGUCGCCCCUACACCUAUUCGUUCCGUUCCUUCUUCCUCCAACCUCGUGCAUCUCGCUCACGCGGCUUCUGUUGCCUCCCCUUCCCAGCGACCAGAGCGUACGCAUUCUCCUUUUGGUGGCCCACCCCGCUUCGCUCAAGGUGCCACGGUGUCCAGCUCAUCCCCUAGGCAAAGCCAGGCUUUCACUGGCAGUCCAUUUUCACUUCCUCAGAAAACUGCGGCUGCUAAAGCACAUGCCUCUCCAGAGAAGCCUAGACCAAAGAUGGUCAUCAACGAUGACCAAGAAGCUGAAGAAACACUUAAAAAAAAACCGGUUAAGGGAAAAGAUAAAGAUACAACAGGUGGAAAUGGUGGUUUGAGAAGGUCGAGAAGACAGGUUUCUAUGAGUGUGGAGCCAGAAGAACUUCCUGUUGACGAAAAUCACCCCAUUGAACCUAUUGCUGAGGAUAGCGCGUGGUCGCCGUCAUAUGCCGUUGUAGAGGAACCAAAGUCAACCAGGAAGGGAGGCAGAAGAACGCGCGAUAAGACGCCACCCAUGUCUAUAUCACCGUCUAGAAGAUCGACUCGUGCGAGGAAGAGUGCACUUCCCCCGUCAACAUCAGAUGAUGAACCGCGCGCUCGGCGCACCCGUGGAGCAUCAGCGCAUCCGGAACCGUCCGCUACACCUGUUACGCAUGGACGAAUGACUCGCUCUGUUUCACGUGCAUUGUUAGAAGACAGUGAUCACGAGAGUGUUGAUAUGGACAUGAGUGUGCCCUCGUCAAAAAGAAAUGGCACUGCCGCUUCUGGCAGUGUAAGAAAGAAGAGGAGAGGCAGCGUGGCUGCUAGCGAAAUUACGGAUGAUGGCCUUGCGACGUUGAUGGAGACACCGAGAGUGAGAAGGUCAAAUAGAAAAGCUGCCCCUAGUCCGACACCCAGUGUCCAGGGAUCUGAGGCUGGAAAGAUCAGGCGGAAGAGGGAAAACCCGGCACCGACUCCAAGGAUGGCUACGCGGUCGCGAAGGGUUUAAGAGAGGAGUCGGAUUCUUGCGUCUAUUUUUGCUAUUGAAAUGCAGACGGAUUGCCAUCCGAACGUCAUGAAUGGUGACAGUGGGCAUACAUAUUCUGAAUAUCCACCACAUAUAAACUCAAGUCUUUGUCUCUAAUCACCACAACCUCCACUUCACUACAAAGCAAUGUCAUUAUGAACGUUGAAGUUCCCAACAGGAUUGUCCUGGCUACAUUUGAUGAGAUGUUAUGUUCAACUUUGGAUGAGGCGCUCCUAAUCUUUCCCUCAAGGACUGGCAGGAUUCGCUUUAGGAUCCCAAGCAGUACCUUCUAAUUUAUCCAUAUCCUUGAGGGGAUGUUCCUCUCUUGCUUGUUCGAGUAGCUGAGAAACUUACCAGAAGACACCCCUGAUAAUUUUUCCACAGUUGGCCACAAGCCCUUUCAUACUCCUCUGCCUUGAUCUGCGCUCUA